AUGAAGGAAACUAAUCCAGGGCCACACACAUUUUAUGAAAGGGAUACAAAAGGGAGAUUCAUAUUCCUCUUCUUCUCGUUUGGUCAGAGUAUUCACGGUUUCUAUGCUGCAAUUCGAAAAGUUAUUGUGGUGGAUGAGACGUUUUUGAAGAGAAAAUACAAAGGAGUAUUACUAGUUGCUACUGUAUUAGAUGGAAACUCGAGUUUAUAUCCUAUUGCCUUUGGAGUUGUCGACUCAGAGAAUGACCUCGCGUGGAACUGGUUUAUGACACAACUUAAUGUGGUCAUUGCUGACGACCAUAGCUUAGCUUUUGUGUCUGCUGGAAUUCCUCAAUUGCUAAAGCUAUUGCGAGACGGGAAAGGUGUAGCUGGUUUGGUUGCAAAGGCUUCUAAAGCUUAUCGAGCUGCUGAUUUUCGUAAGGUGGUCACUUUUAUUUUCGCUAUUACUCCUCAAAUUGGAAAGUAUCUCAUAGAUGCCGAAGUGAGUAAGUUGGCUUGUUGUCAGUUUCCGGGUUACAUAUAUGAUAUUAGGACUACUAACCCUGCGGAGUCGAUAAAUUCUGCUUUGCGUACUCCUAGAGAGUUUCCAGUGAUACCUUUAUUGGACAGCAUUAGGGAAAUGAUGACUCGAUGGUUUUUCAAACAUAGAACUUUAAGUUCUAAGCAUUUGAAGCCACUGACCAUUACUGUGGAGAAGAAGAUUGAUAGAAGGAUUGAGAAGGGUAAAACAUUUAAGGUACACCAUAAAAGCAGGCUUCAGUGUUUAAAACCACACACACUCCCAGAUGACAUGUACACUACUGCCUCAUGGCGCUCGACUUAUGAAGAAAGCAUAAAUCCUAUUAGCGUCCCCGAAGAUGCAUGGAAAGUUCCAUCUCAUGUGGAGAAGUCGUAA